AUGUCGACGGAAGCAGGUCACCGACUAUACGUCAAGGGUCGCCACCUGAGCUACCAGCGUAGCCGACAUGUCACCCACUCCAAGACCAGCCUGAUCAAGAUCGAGGGUGUUGACGACACCAACGCCGCCAACUUCUACCUCGGCAAGAAGGUUGCGUAUGUCUACAAGGCUCAGAAGGAGGUUCGCGGCACCAAGAUCCGGGUGAUCUGGGGCAAGGUCACCAGGCCCCAUGGCAACUCUGGCGUUGUCCGCGCGAAGUUCGCCAACCCCCUUCCUUCGCGGUCCUUCGGUGCUUCUGUCCGUAUCAUGCUUUACCCUUCGUCGAUAUAA